AUGAAACGUCGUAAAUCGUAUACAGCAGCUUUCAAGCUAGACGCCGUCAAUUAUCGUGAUUUGCAUGGAACCUUGGCAGCGGCUAGUCAUUUUGAAGUCACUGAAGCAAUGAUAAGAAAGUGGGUUGUUGAUCGACAAAAUCUUCAAGAGAUGCCAGCAACGAAGAGAGCCCGACGAUACAAAAAAACAAGCGUUGAAGAAGUUGAAGAUGCCAUCUACAACUGGGUUGUCAAAAAACGAGAAGAAAAUAGAGCUGUCACGGUGAAAGAAAUAAGGACCAAAGCAAAGGAAUUAGCAGAAGAGCAUGGUCACCAAAAUUUUAAAGCAUCUGCGCAUUGGUGCAUCCUGUUUAUGGCGCGAAAAAAGCUCUCUGUACGAAGAAGAACAAGUGUCGGGCUACCGGCCAUGAGAAAUCUAAUUUUACUGUUGUAUUGGAAGUGA